AUGCUCCACACCACUUCCCGUGCGUAUCACACCAACACAACAUUGGCACUCUCUUCGUUAUUCCUUCGAAGACUACGACAACAUGGUCAACAAGUACGAUUGUUUUCCAACUCGCUCACUCUUCGACAACAUCAAACCAUGAUCCACAAAAUUUUACAACAAUAUGCACCUGAGGAUCAUGGAUUGGUGAGCUCGGGAGAUUAUUUGCAAAUUUCUCCUCAUCAUAUUUUAACUCAUGACAAUACCAGUGCUGUCAUGAUCAAAUUUAAAGCCUUUUUCGAAGAAUGUAAAAAACCACUGAAAUUUGCCAAUCCAAAACAACCCGUCUUUGCUCUCGAUCACAACAUUCAGGACACUUCCGAAGCCAAUCUCGCCAAAUACAAAAAAAUUGAAUCAUUUGCCUCUGAAAAUGGAAUUGUCUUUUAUCCAGCCGGUAGAGGAAUUGGCCAUCAAGUAAUGAUCGAAGAAGGAUAUGCAUGGCCUCUCACAUUUACAACUGCUAGUGACUCUCAUUCCAAUAUGUAUGGUGGAAUUGGAUGUUUGGGAACUCCUGUUGUGAGAACUGAUGCUGCUGCGAUUUGGGCAACUGGAUCGACUUGGUGGCAAGUUCCUCCAAUUACACGAGUUGAGUUGACUGGUAAAUUGAGAGAAGGAGUGAGUGGUAAAGAUGUGAUUAUUGAAUUGUGUGGACUUUUUAAUAAUGACGAAGUGUUAAAUCAUUGUGUGGAGUUUACAGGUGAUGGAAUUAGUUCAUUAUCGAUUGAUGAAAGAUUAUCCAUUGCAAACAUGACAACUGAGUGGGGUGCUUUAGCUGGUGUUUUCCCAGUGGAUUCUCAAACCAUUGAUUGGUUAAAAAAGACACAAAACUCCAACAAAUCGAAAGCCAUUCAAAAAUUGGAACAAGAUCAUAUGAAAUUCAUUCCAGAUCCAGAUGCUCACUAUGUUCAAACGUUGACUUUGGAUCUUUCCACAGUGGAUCCUCACGUCUCUGGACCCAAUCAUGUCAAAGUCAUGCAAAGCGUCCAAGAAAUUGCAAAAAAGCAAAUUCAAGUCCACAAGGCCUAUAUUGUUUCAUGUGUAAACAGUCGAGUGAACGAUCUUCAUCAAGCUGCCAAUGUCUUGAGAAGAUCCUCUCAAAAAACAAUUGCAAAAGGUGUGGAAUUGUACAUUUCUGCUGCGAGUGACAAGGUUCAAAAAGAAAGUGAACAACUUGGAGAUUGGCAAUUGUUAGUACAAUCUGGAGCCAAAGUUCUUCCACCAGGAUGUGGUCCCUGUAUUGGUUUAGGCACUGGUUUGUUACAAGAUGGACAAGUUGGAAUUUCAAGUACGAAUCGAAAUUUUAAAGGAAGAAUGGGAUCUCGAAAUGCAGAAGCUUAUUUGGCUUCUCCUGAAGUAGUCAUGGCCAGUGCAUUGAAAGGUUUCAUUUCAUUGCCAGAAUAUUUUUCAACGAGUGGCAGUGGCAACCAAGUAGUAGCUAAAUUUUCCAAAAAAGUUCAUAGUGAGUCUGGAUCGUCUUCACACGGAAAGACUAAAAUUAUUGAGGGAUUUCCAGAAGUCAUGGAAGGAGAAGUAGUUUUCGUUCAUCAAGAUAAUCUCAAUACAGAUGGAAUUUAUCCUGGAAAAUACACGUAUAAGGAAACCAUCACUCCUGAAGAACAAGCUCAAGUCGCUAUGGAAAAUUAUGAUGCAAAUUUUGUGAAAAUUGCCAAGAAGGGACAUGUUCUUGUUUGUGGAUAUAAUUUUGGAACGGGAAGCUCUAGAGAGCAAGCUGCCACAUGUUUGAAAUAUUUGGGCAUUCAAGUAGUGGUUGGAGGAAGUUUCAGUGAAACGUACAAGAGAAAUGCUACCAAUAAUGGAUUUUUAUGUAUUGAGGUGCCAGCUCUUGUGGACUAUUUGAAACAAACGCAAGGUACCAAUAAGGAGACUGUUCUUGUCCAGAAUGCUAAAAUCAGAAUUGAUUUUAGAAAUUCCUGUUUGACUCUAUUGGAAGGAAGCUCAAAGAAAGAAUAUCAAUUCCAUCCUGUGGGUCCAGUGGCUCAAGAAUUGAUUGUUCUUGGUGGAUUGGAGCCUUUGGUCAUUCACAAACUCAGUCACCAACAAUAA